AGGGGUGAUGGGAGGGUGCUAUGGAUGCAAUGCUUAUAAACCCGCGAUGGAACUUGAUUGGCUGCCUGUGAGUCAGCAGCGUCAAGGUCUCUCCUCUUGACGCGAGCGGAGGGACUCUGCGUGGCCGCUCACACGCACUGGCGGAGCAGCCCACGGAAGGAGGCUAACCACAUUUCAGCACUGGAACUGUCCGCAAAGUCUCUACUCUAGCCUUUACGUCCCCACCUCCUUGUUUUCCUGAAGGCGAGAAUCUGCUUCUUACCAUAUAAUCUCCUCUCGGGGGUGAGAGACGAAGGAAUAACGAAGGUGUGACGAUCUCAUCCGAGCCAAAUUCCUGCCAUGCUGCACGGCCCAGUGUGAACGUACCGGAGUGAUCAAGUUCAAUUUGAGCGUUGUUCUUUUCCCUUUAACGCCAUGGGUGUGCUCAUGUCAAAGAAACAGCAGGUGGACAAGGUGCAAAGGUGUACUGCUGUGGUCUCAGCCUUCCAGUCAGGAAUAAAGGACCGCGCAGGACUUGUCAAGCAGGAGGAAGGAGAUGCCGAGGACGGUGAGGGGCCAGCUAAAUCCUCAGUCAUACCCGAGGAGAAGACUACCAUAGAAGCAGAAGGUGGGGAAACGGAAAGCGGCACCGGCCUGUCUGCAGCGCAGCAGGCCACGACCUCUGUAAAUCAAGAGGCUUGGUCCAGAUUACGGGAUGGGAAAGGAGUAGAGCCUGAAGAUCUUGAAAAGAGUCACCAGCUCACACCUCCUGCUUAUGUGCGGCCCAAAAGGGAAGCAGAUGACGAUCAGCCUUUAGAAGUGGAGCUGGCAAGGAAAGAACAGCCACCGAGCGAUGAGAUGUGUGACGUAUGUGAAGUCUGGACAGCCGACGACUUGUACCCAUGCAGAAUCUGCACUCGAGUGUUCCAUGACGGCUGCCUGAGGGAGUUGGGCUACCUACGUGCUGAGGCCUUGCAGGAGAUGAGAGACACCGCUCAUACAGUUAACGGCUGGAGUUGCUACUAUUGUGAUAAUUUAAACCUACUGCUAACAGAGGAAGAAAUGUACAGUCUUAUGGAGACCUUUAAGCAGUGUAAGAUAAUCCCAGAGUCAUGCCUGGUGUCAGAUGAGCUGCUGCAGUACCACCAUUUUGUUUCUAAGCAGCAGUUUGAUAAGGAUCUAACUGAUGAGCAAGAGGAAGAAGUACUGGCACAAUUUGCAGCCCUGGACCCGGAAAAGAAGGGUCAUGUCGAGUGGUCUGACUUUCUCUACUUUGAAACGUUGGCUGUCUUAAAAAAGUUUCGCACUGAGAAUUCACUUGUCCGUUUGCUGACUGCCAAGGAAAGAGACACUGCGCGGUUGGUGUUCCUAGGUGUGGAUUUGGAUGAAGAUGGCUGGAUCACAAGAGCAGAAUGUCGCCAGGCCCAGCAGUCUUGGUUUAACAAGCUCAGUAAAGACUCACAAUCCUGCAAUGUGAGACUCAUAGGACUCUGCGCGCCCAUCAAUUGCAGUAUAAGUAAUGUUGGUCCCAUUUGUGAGAGCAGCCCAGGCAGCUCCAACAGUGAACAGAUCAAGAGUGAUGACAAUCGGCCAACAUCAUGGGCAGACUUUCUCAGGGAGAGUGCCAUCUACAUCUUGGCUGCCCGGCCCAAUAGCUCAGCCAUGCACAUCCGUCUUCCCCUAUAGUGCAGUACCCUGCACUACACCUGGCAGAAAAAAGUGGAGGGGGAUUGAAGAGGAUGUGCCUGAAAGUCUGCGGGAUGAUGAGGAAAGCCUGAUGACACCAUGAAGAUGGCUGAAGGAGAAAAGAAAAGAUGGCAGUACACGCAUCUGACCUCCUCGAUGUGAUUGUGAAGCAAACAAAAACAGCACAAAUAACAUAAUUGCAAAAUAGUGUUAAGUGAGUGACAGCAGGAGGGAAGGACAAGGAUCAAAAUGCAGACAGAGAGGUUCUGAAAACCAACAUUGUGAAGAGGUAGAUGCACAAAAACUGUUUGGCUGCUAGCGCUUUGUGAAAUGAUGAACACUAGACUCGAUGGCCCUCGUGCUAGAACUAACCUCUCUGUGUGGGUACAUUACAUUGACAGGCAGAUACUCUUCAAGCAUUAAUUCCUUUGGGCCUCAUUAUGCCUUCAUGAAAAUUCCCUGCUACUGUUAUGCCAUUGUGUUUAUUUGCUAUCACCUUAUUAAUCACACCACACAGAGGCACAUGCAAAAUUCAGUUCUUGGCACACUGUUAUCGCGGAUAGGCAUCUGUGAAGAUGUUUACCUUGCAGGCAAGAGAAAUAUAUCAAACAGAAAUUAUGUAAUAGAGCUGCUAUACAAAUUAGUCUAAUUUAUUAUAAAUGCAUUACAAAACUAUAUUUAUUCAUGUAUUCUCAGAUGUACCCUGUUUCUUCACUCUAGUCUAUACAUCUUUGUUUUCUUUUCAUUGUACAAGUAGUUUGAAUAAAGAUGUGACCCAGUUUGUGACAUGUACUGUAUAUAUUGCCAUUAAUUAAGACUUCAUGUUGUGUUGCGAGCUAUAUUUUGACACAUCAGAAACACCUGCCAAUUUAUGCACCUCUAGAGUGCAAGAAAGCGUCAGACAACUGUGACAUGUAGCCACUAUUGAGGCAUUUAUGUUGAUAUGCGCUAAGGAUGCUCAAAUGAUCAAAGUGGGAAUGAAAUGAGACACUCUACAAAUGUUAAAGUUUACAUAAAAGUUUAAAUGCACACAAAAUUGCUUUGACAAUUACUGAGCAAAUAGCAUAACACUUAGAGUUUCAUGUAUGUGCGUAUGUCCUGUAAUUAAGUUUUAAAACCAGGUCUGCUUUGUGAUUAAAUUAUGAUUGACAUGUUAGUGGUCAUGUGAGGGACGUCGCAGUGCUAAAAUAAAUGCAUGACAUUAACUCACA